AUGCGUCGCUGCUUUUUACCAGAGAAUUGGAUUGUUCACUCGCCUGAAGGAGGUUAUUUAAGAGGACGCCGAGCUUCAGCCGAAUCGCAGCGAUACAUCCGCUUUUUUGAACUACAACAUCCAGAGUCUGCAGGUCAAAUUCAACAUGCACAAUGGGCAAUUGGAGAAGCUCAUGUUGAAGACUGCGGUUAUAGACUCGAUGGAUUAUGGCAAAGAUCGCCUCCACUUCGCCCUUUAGCUAUUGAAUAUAUGGGAUGCUAUUACCACGGUAUAAUGUUUUAA